AUGACGAGUUCUUCUUCAUGCCACCAGAAGUUGCCCAUCAGGAUUCCUACACGAAGAGGGAAGUGCUUUCGCAAAUCGCUAAGCUUUUCGACCCAGCCGGGUGGCUGGACCCUUUCGUUAUCCGAGCCAAGAUCUUCAUUCAAGGAGUACCUCCAGAGCUAUCCUGCUUUGGGAAAGAUCCGGAUUCCAAGAUGGGUCCAAUUCCAGACACGAGUGAAGCUCCAGUACCACGGAUUCUGUGAUGCGACAGAAAGGGCGUAUGGAGCGGCGAUCUAUGUCCGUGUGGAGACGGCGAACAAGGUUUCCACACAUCUCCUUACUGCGAAGACAAUAGUGGCUCCUGUCAAGUCUCUCUCAGUGCCACGUUUGGAGCUUUGUGGCGCAGUCCUGUUGGCUGAGUUAUCUGCAACCCUCCUCCUGAAUCUGCCAGCAGAAACCAGCGACGCCAAGAACUGGUCGCAUGUGCGAUCCGAGCACAAUCCGGCAGAUCUUGCAAGCCGAGGUGUCCUGCCACAAGAAUUGAUUCGUAAUCCUUUGUGGUGGCAUGGACCAGAGUGGCUUCAUCUCCCGUCGGAUCAAUGGCCAACAUCUCCAAGUCCCAUUCCGGAGACUCUGCUGGAGCAGCGGAUUAAGUGCAACGUCGCUAAGUUACCUCCUACUCCUGAUUUCCUGAUCCAAGCAGCAGGUUCCUUCCUCAAGUUCAAUCCGAAACUUGAACCCUUUCCUCGAUGGCAAGGGGAUUCUACGGGCCUGUGGGCGUCCCACUCGCUGCGUUAUGAUGAGAGUCAUCCAAUCAUCCUCUCGUAUUCCUCGUCCUUUGCACGACUACUGGUUCGUUUCACCCAUCGUAUAUCCUUACAUGGGGGUAACCAAGUCGUCAUGCGGCUGAUCCGUUCCAGAUUCUGGAUUCCAAAAUUGAAGGUCCUCGUCAAAUCCACCAUCAACUCUUGCAAGGUUUGCGUGAUCUACAAGAAGAGACUGCAGACCCAAAUGAUGGGGGACUUGCCCAAGGAAAGGGCGUCCUACUCGAGACCUUUCACGCAUACUGGAGUCGACUUCGCCGGCCCAUUCGAAGUAAAAAAUUACACUGGCCGAGCCUGCCUUAUCACCAAAGGGUAUGUCUGCUUCUUCGUGUGCUUCAGCACGAAGGCGAUCCACUUGGAGGCAACAUCGGAUCUCACGACGCAGAAAUUCCUGGCCGCAUUCUCUCGUUUCAUCGCACGGCGCGGGUGUCCAUACCAGAUGUACUCGGACAACGGGAAAACCUUCGUUGGAGCUGACAAGGUGAUCUCCAACGACUUUUUGGAAGCGACGAGGGAGUGCAUCAUCGCACAACACGCCCACAAGAGCCUAUCCUGGCACUUCAACCCGCCGGGCGCCCCGCAUAUGGGUGGAUUAUGGGAAGCCGGCGUAAAGAGUUUCAAGGCACUCUUUUACAAGGCGACCUCCACCGGGAAGUAUACGUUCGAAGAGUUAUACACUCUUCUCGCUAAGAUCGAAGCCUGCCUGAAUUCGAGGCCGAUUUCCCCUAUGUCCGAGGACCCUUCGGACUUACUAGCGCUCACUCCUGGCCAUUUCCUCGUAGGUGGCCCACUUAUUUCGGUGUUGGAACCACCAAUUAACCAACCGGCCACCUCCAUCCUCAAUCAGUGGCAGCGACUGAAGGCUCUUCACCAAAAAUUUUGUUUCCGUUGGAAAGAUGAGUAG